AUCUAGAAGUUGUCACUAGAAUUCCUGCUGAAGUUCCACAAAGAAGAGAAGCAGUGACCCGGGAAGGGAGGCAUCUCUGUUUUCAAUUACGAAGUCCUUCAGGAACAGCAGUAUCAGUCCUGUGCUACAUAAGCAGAAGCAACCAGCUCGUUGUGGGAUUUUCUGAUGGCUACUUAUCACUGGGGAACAUGAAAACUUUGAAGAAGGCGCACUACACUCAGCUUGGAGGAGGGAUUCCUGUCUGUUCUCUUACUUUUCAAGAGCCUGAGAAUGAUCUUCAAAAUUGUUGCUACUUAUGGGCUGUUCAGUCUACACAACAAAGGGUUUUACAUGUUGUGUCAAGCUCUUCAGUUUAGAUCUCUCUGGUGGAAUCUUUCCCUGGAGUGGGCAGACCAGCAAUACUAAAUUCCUCAGCUGUCAGACCAUAGAAAAAUUUUGCAACCAUGCUGACAGAGAGGAUAACGUUAAUGAAGUAAUCUCUCCUGACACCAGCAUAUCAGUCUUCAGUUGGCAAGUGAAUACCUAUGGUCAAGGAAAGCCAUCUGUUCAUUUGGGAGUGUUUGACAUCAAUCGCUGGUAUCAUGCCCAAAUGCCAGACUCACCAAGGCCAGAAGAAUUCCUUCACAAUUGCCCCUAUUUUGCACUGUGGUCACUGGAUCCUGUCAUAAGCAUGACUUCUCCAAACCUCAUUUUGGAUAUUCUGGUACACGAGCGUAGUCUGAGUCGGGGGGUUCCUCCUUCUUAUCCACCACCUGAACAGUUUUUUAAUCCAAGCACCUAUAAUUUUGAUGUGACGUGCUUGCUCAGCUCGGGAGUUGUUCACAUGACUUGCACUGGCUUCCAGAAGGAGACCCUGAAGUUUUUGAAGAAAUCUGGUCCUUUAAUAAGUGAAGCCAUUCGUGACAGCUACACUCGGUGUCUUGUAGCUGGCUUGCUGUCUCCAAGACUGGUUGAUGUCCAGCCAUCCAGUCUGAGUCAGGAGGAGCAGUUAGAGGCAGUGUUGUCAGCUGCUGUGCAGACAGGCUCUUUAGAGCUUCUGACGGGAUGCAUUAAACACUGGACUUCUGAAGAGCAGCCAAGUUCUGCUGUAAAUUUACGGUUUGUUCUCGAGUGGACGUGGAACAAAGUGAUCUGUACAAAAGAUGAACUGGACCAAAUAUGUGUUCCGCUGUUUGACGGCUCCUGCAACUUCAUUGACCCGCAGACAUUACAGUCCCUUCAGCACUGCCAGCUGCUGCUGAGCAACCUCAGCACAGUCCUGAACUGUUUUCUAACAGAAGCCCGCGAGCUUACUGAGAAAGGUUUUUCAGACUUAACAAAUAAGCAGAUGGUAACCAGCCUCAUUUUUUUGUACGUACAAGUGGUGAUCUGGUUCUGUCGAUCCAAUCUCCUUCCUGAGGCUUUAGAUGAUCACAUGCAUUUGUCCAGACCUUUCUACAAUUACCCUCUGAUUCAGAGCUACUAUACAGGUCACCGACAGAAACUCGAGCGCUUAUCAAGAGGCAAAUGGGAUUCUGACUGCUUGAUGAUUGAUGGAAUGGUUUCCCAGUUGGGAGAGGAAGUGGAGAAGUUGUGGCAGAGAGAUGAAGGCGGCACUGGGAAAUACCCACCUGUCAGUUUACAUGCACUGCUGGAUCUCUAUUUGCUAGAAAGCAUUGAAGAAAGCGACAAACAUGCAAUUACAAUUUACUUGCUGCUGGAUAUUAUGCAUUCCUUUCCAAAUAAAACAGAAACUUCAAUUGACUCCUUUCCAACUGCCUUUGCCAUCCCUUGGGGUCUUGUUAAGCUGAUUCGAGGAUUUUGGUUUCUAGAUCACAGUGAUUAUGAAAAUUCCCUGGCCCUGCUCUUCCAUCCAGCUACACUCAAGACUGUGUCAUGGCAACACAUGAGGAUAAUCCAGUCCCUCAUGUGCCAGGGAGAGCACAGGCGAGCCCUCAGGUACAUGCAGAUGAUGAAGCCGUCGAUGUCCAGCAGCAGUGAAGUGCGGCUGUUCCUCACCGUGUUGCUGUCCAACAGGUGCAUGGUGGAGGCUUGGGGUCUGUUGCAGCAGCAUACCACAAAGUUAAACAUAGAAGAGCUGCUCAAGCACAUGUAUGAAAUCUGUCAGGAGAUGGGGCUGAUGGAGGAUUUGCUGAAGCUGCCCUUCACAGACACAGAAAAAGAGUGUUUGGAGAAGUUUUUACAGACCAAAUCUGGUGUUCAGAAUCAUGAAUUCCUCUUAGUCCACCAUCUGCAGCGUGCCAACUACAUCCCAGCACUCCAGCUGAAUCAGUCCAUGAAGGCCAAUCUGAUGAAUGGUCGUGAUCCUCACUUGAGAGAGAGAGCAGUAGCCAGAAAUUCUCUGUUAGACCAAUAUAUCAAGAUCCUUCCCACAGUUCAAAGGAAGCUGGCAGUAGAGAGAGCCAAGCCGUACCGUUUGCCUUCGUCAGUCUCAAGAGAAGUCCCAAGGCCAAAGCCAUUAUCAACAGCAACAAGGCAGGCUAAUGCAGGAAAUGUGCAUACAAGAACAAGUUUAAUAACUAAAGUACUGUCCAGAUUUAAAGAAGCAUGGCUAGGAAACAAGACAACCAAUUUCUCAGAAUAUAAGAAGUUGCUGGAUUUGGUGGUUCGUCCUGUUCCUUCCCGCUCUGUGGCACAGGAUGAGACCCAGCAGUCCCUGUGCCGAGCUUCUACUUCUUUCUCAGGGGCAUCCAGCCCCCUGAGAUCAAAUACACAUCGCUCCAGCUCCCAAAACAAUCUGCCAAGAGCAUCAGAAUUGAAUGUACUGGAAACUCCUCGUGUGGUCAAGGUUUGUAUUUUAAAAACUCAGUAGCAGCCAACCAAACUAGAAGCUUGUGAGCUUUGUUUAAAAUGAAACCCCGGAUUCAAAUUGUGAGGUAUUUUUUGCAUGCAUGUAGUUAUUGUAUACACUGUCCUUUUCGCAGCAGUAAAAUGGGAAUAGAGGGAAAGUUUAGUUUUAAGUUAAUUGCAGCAGUUGAGAAAUACAUUUGUUUUUAUUGAAUGGAACAAAGUUCAACCUGGACUUUUCAGUCUAUACUUAGCUGCCUAAAGAUGCAAUUUGUGGCCUAACCAUGUCAUUAUUUAAGUGACAAGUAACUUUGUGUAGUUUGAUGUGCAUUUCUACAAUCAAGAACUGUGCUUCAAAUUCUUAAUCCAAUCACAUGAAUGACAACUGAGUAAUGUCAGUGAUGUCUGUCUCUGUCAGAUUCAGUGAUGACUCUCUGCAGCAGUUUUGCUUAUCAGUUUGUGUUAAACUGUAUUGCCAGUCACUGCCAUCCAACUGUUACCAUGCAAGGCAGUAACACCUGACAGGGCCCCUUGGUUCUGAUCUUUUUACCUUUGCCUACCUGAAUGAAAUCACUCUCAUCUCCCUAAAUGACAACCUUUUUCUUGGUAGGAAAUAUCAUCUAUACUAUUGAACUAGCUUCAUCCUUCUCCUUUCUAACUCUUUCAAUACUGUAAAACAUUUGAGCCAGGAAGACCUGAACACUGCUACAUGAAGAGAUGUAGGUAUUUUACGGCACUAUCCCUUCAUCUUGUGUGCAGAUUGAUUAAUUAGUGCAGAAAUAAGCUGUGGCUGUUGCUCUGUUGACUGGCAUCUGGAAUACAGUAAUUGAAAAUACUGCCUUGUGGAAUAAUGGUUGUGUGCCUUUUAAAAGAGCAGUGUAGAAAUUGCAAAAAUUACUGGGAUAGGAGAGAACAUUGUAGACAACAAGAUGCCAUAGUCUUGUUUCUUCAGGAAAUUUGAAAAAUAACCUUUCUGUUGUCGUGACUGAAGCUUUAAGCACUGGAGACCCAAUUGUAUUUUGCCCUGUCAGAGGCAGUGGGUCACUCUGGCUGUGGAGCAGGGCAGAGGGCACUGCAAUGUGAUGGGCACCCCUGGUUGCGUACACCUUGUUGGAAAACUGCUCCUGGUUGUGGGCAGUGGCAAAUGGUCAGUUCUGAAGAGAAAUAUCAGAAACAGAGCAUGUGAAUUGCACACAGGGACUGCUCUGAUCCCUGUGCCUCAAAUACAUAAACUCUCAGCUGUAAGUUAGUACAGAGUGUGAAUGUAUGUUUCACAUUCAGGGCUAGGUGGAAGGGAAAAGAGGCUUUUCUGUGUCUUUAAUUUCUUCUAAUUCAGUGUGAAAUUAGUCUGUUUGCUACUGAAUAAAGCAUUAACAGACUUUUUUUAACUUUAGGUUGUUGAAGACAGUGCAGUGACAGCAUAAACUUAAGAAGCAGCACCUGAAACCCCACCAUAUAGUGAACUACAUCCACAAAGCAAUCUUCAACACAGCUAUGAUACUAUAAAGCAUCAAUUUGUAUGUGAUCUGCCUCAGAAUAAUAAAGGUCAGUGUGAUGCAGCUGAGGGAGAUAGAGACUUUUAUGACUUAAAGUAUCUCAGAAUAACUUUCAUAGUUUUUACAAGUUCUACUGAUACAACAAAAAAAGCCUUUACACGGAAACAGAAUUUAAUGCAUUCACACUCCUGAAAAUCAUGAAGGUUACCUUUCAAAUAUUCCCGUGACUCAAAGCUUCUAUUGCCCACAAAUACAAACCCAGACAGUAGGACAAGACACUCAUAAUUCUUAGGCUAACAACAAAAAGCAGGCUUAUCAACCACAGUAUCAAGUAGUGUGAAACAGGCCAGUGCACCCAGAAGCUGGAUCACAUCAGGUCAGAUUCCAAAAA